AUGAAGCAGAUAGUUUGCUCCACGAUAGUCAUUUUAAUGACAAUUUUGAAUGUAUCGAUUAUUGCGCAAGAACAAAAGGUCAACGUCACCCUCUACUACGAAACGUUAUGUCCUUAUGCAAGAAAAUUUGUGGUAAGCCAAUUGCAUCCAACGUUAGAAGAACAUUUAUCAAAAUAUGUCAAUUUGGAAAUAAUUCCAUACGGAAAAGCUAAGACUAUUUAUGAUGGUGACAAGAUCACGUUUACCUGCCAGCACGGACCCAGCGAAUGUUACGGUAAUCAAAUCCUAGGCUGUGCCCAAAUCCUGAUAGAUUCCGGAGCUAAUUCGCCAAAUCUUGGUUACAAUACGAAGUUUUUAGAAUUUGUGUACUGUCUGGCAGACAAGAUCAAAUCUAAAGCUACCAAGUCUGAAGUUGAUGAAGUGGUUGACAAGUGUGCUAGUUCAGAAUCGAUUGGAGUGACAGCUGAUCAACUAAAACAAUGUUCUACCAGCAAGAUCGGAAUUCAGCAAAUGGUAUACAAUGGAAAACUAACGGAUAAGUUUCAAAAUCCUCUAAAACACAUGCCAACGAUAGUUGUUAACGGAAAUUAUGUACCAGAGGAGAGCAGCCAAGCUCAAGAAAAUUUAUUGAAACUUUUGUGUUCGAAAAUAUCCGGAGAAAAACCAGACGGGUGCAAAUAA